GGUUAAAGCCUCGUCUUGUGCAAGUGUGUUACCGCAGUGAUUUUUCCGUUCGUGCCAUCGGAUUAAUAAUUGAAUAAUUGAAUUUUCACGUAUAUAUCUGGAGGCCAAACCAUGCCGACGAAGAAUUCUGCGGUACGCCGCAAAGAACCUGCCGCGAGGUACGGCAUAUCCACGGGGAAGGAAAAUACAGUCGUACAAAGUAGCAAAUUAUCCGACGUCAAGAAUGACGGUAAAAAGAAGAGAGGCCUAUCGCUGAAUGUGGAAAAUCGUCCCGUAUGUACGGCAGCAAGCUCGACGCGAAGUUCUUCCGUCGGCAAAGCGAAGUUCCCGAUUUACACCGACGACACCGACGAGGGUGCCCGAUCACGCCCCCGCGCACGAAAAGACGUGUGCAGGAAGGAGAUCAGGGCAAGGCAGGAUGUCGAGGGGUUCGAAAAGACACUUUUAUCGUCGACGAAGAUACCGGAAAGCAACAGUCCUGCUUUACGUGCCGUUCUACGCAGAGCACGUUCUUCAAGCAGCAACCGGUACAGACUUUCUUCGAAUAAAAUGGUCAUUACAAAUAGCCAAUUAUAUAAUCGGAGAGCUUUUUCCGAAAGCAGAAAGAUUUCGUUGCAACGCUCACCCUACACCGUACAAUUAUCCGACAAUAAAAAAAUCAGCCAUCUUACACACGAGGUUAAAAAACGAACGUUCUCGAGCAUUGAAAUGUGGCGGGAUAAAAUGAGAAAGCAUACUGGUACAGUGCCCAAAAAUACUGCUAAACGUACUGAACCUAAGAAGAAAUGUUCUCCAGGAUUUGUGGAUUUGCAAUUCGAUGUAUUAAAAAAUCGCCAGAAUAAUGUAAAUGAAUAUUUUCUUACUCCGAACGAAGAACCGCCAAAGAAUGAAAGACAGUCAAAAGCCGAUUCCUUGGCGGACGUAUUAAAAUUUUUGUCAAAUGGAAUGGCAACUCUGGAAAGUGGCACACAUUUGAAGGUACCAGCUAAUGCUAACACAAGAAACCUUACUCCUGAAAUUAUUCAGAAUGAUAAUUCAAGCAGUACAAUCGUGUCUACCUCUACACCUGCAACUGGCCCUUCCUCCCUGUCAUUGACUCCAACAAAGGUGCGCCACGAAAAAUACGUAAUGGUGAAAUCAUCGAUGAACCAGGAAACCGAGAUAGACGUCAUUGGAACGAAUUACAUACUCGAUUACCUCGAUCACGUGGUGGAAACCGAACGCACGAAGGAGGAAAGUGCACCGAGACUUUUCUCUCGUUUUCUGCGCGAGAAUGUAAGCGCAAAACAAAGAAGACUCAUCGUGGGAUACAUUAUACGUCUUGGCGUACACUGCUACUACACGUCGAGUAUUGUUUAUCAGACGAUCAAACUAUUUAAUGUAGCUAUAGACAGAAUUUUGGUGGACACGAAUAAUAUACAAUUAGUAGCUCUGGCGUGUCUCUGGAUAAACCUCAAGCGCGAAGCACCUUAUAAUAAAAUACCAUCGGCGACUGUAAUAUUGAGUUUGGCGAAGGAUUUGUACACUGAUCAGGAGAAAGACUUGCUGAUGUAUGAGAAGAAAAUUCUUUCCGCCGUUAAUUUCAACACACGAUUUGCUGAUCCAUUCUCGUUGCUCUCGUAUUACAUACUGAUUGUAAAUCGAGACAAUAAUAGUAACGUCGUUAGAUCGAGUGAUAUCGCGCGCCUCUAUUUUUGCGGUAGUUACAUGAUCGAUUUAUCUAUGCUAGAGGAAAGCUUAUGCGAUAUCCCGACGUGUGUGAUAGCAAUGGCCGCAGUAGAAUUGUCGUUUCAUCUUGUAUAUUCGAGUGACGAUAAUAUAAAUGAAGCGUGGUUCCAAGUUUGGAGGCGCAAACAGCUAACAGAAUGGGAAGAAAGAAUGAUGAAGUCUACAAAGCGGCUUAUGCUGCAGCAUGCUCUAACACACGAUGAGUUUGGUUCGAGUGUUAUAUAUAAAAAAUACUUGCGCAUCCGAUUUGGUAGUGUUACAAAUUUUCUUCAAGAUAAACUGAUUACAUUAAAGAUUUAAUCAGA